AUGGCCGAGACAAGAUCUUCUACUUUGGAUGAGUCUUCCAAAGAUUCGUUCGAUAAUCGACAGAAGCACUCGGAAGCAAAGCAACGUGGCGGCGAGAACAGUGCCUCUAGCGAUGAUGAAGAGCUUAAGCCCCAGUAUGCUUCCGGCCUGGCGGUCACCCUUAUUCUCACAUCAGUUACUCUGGCCUAUUUCCUAUUCUUUCUUGACCUUGCUGUCAUUUCCACGGCCACUCCGGCCAUCACCUCCCAGUUUGACUCCUUGGUAGACGUUGGUUGGUAUGGUGGCGCCUAUCAGCUUGGAAGUGCAGCAUUUCAGCCCUUAAGUGGCAAGAUUUACAGUCGCUUUUCCAUCAAGUGGACCUUUCUUGUUUUCUUCGUCAUCUUCGAACUUGGGUCUGCCAUAUGCGGAGCAGCUCAUUCGUCCACCAUGUUCAUCAUCGGCCGUGUUAUCGCGGGUGUUGGGUCUGCCGGAGUGGCCAACGGUGCGGUAACAACCAUUUCCGCCGUCCUCCAACCACGGAAACAGGCGCUUUUCAUGGGACUCAACAUGGGCAUGGGCCAGGUAGGCCUUGCAACGGGGCCCAUCAUUGGAGGCGCAUUUACCACCAAUGUGUCCUGGCGUUGGUUCAGCGGAUUCCUCCUCUUCAACACAAUUCCCGAGCCCAAACCCAAGGACCCGCCUCUGCAGAUUCUUGGCUCUGCCAUCAAGGCUCUAGAUCUCCCAGGUUUCAUGCUAAUUUGCCCAGCGGUCGUCAUGUUCCUCUUGGGGCUUCAGUUUGGCGGGAACCAAUAUCCCUGGGACAGUUCAGUUGUCAUAGGCUUGCUAGUCGGCGCUGGCGCCACCUUCACUGUCUUCAUUGCUUGGGAGUGGCGCCAAGGAGACAAUGCCAUGGUGCCAUUGGCCAUGCUCAAACACCGAGUUAUUUGGUCGGCUGCAAUGACAAUGUUCUUCAGCUUAUCCAGUGUUCUUGUGGCUGAUUUCUAUAUCGCAAUUUAUUUUCAGGCAAUCCACGAUGACACGCCUGUAAUGAGUGGUAUUCACAUGCUCCCAAUUACCCUCGGUAUCGUUGUGUUUACCAUGAUCUCAGGUACCUUGAUUUCUGUUUUGGGCUACUAUCUCCCAUUCCUUCUGGCGGGGGGUGUGAUAUCAUCUAUUGGCUAUGGACUCUUGUCGACAUUAAGCACGACUUCUCCGAUUGCAAGAUGGAUUGGGUACCAAAUUCUCUACGGUGUUGGAAGCGGCUGCACGACUGCGGCUCCCUACAUCGCUAUACAAAGCCUCGUGGCUUCAGAGCAGAUCCCUCUUGCCAUGGCUAUUAUCAUCUUCUGGCAAAACAUAGGUGCUGCCACCUCUCUAAUUGCAGCAAACGCUAUUUUCAGCAAUAGCCUUCGUUCAGAGCUUCAAAAACGCGCUGCACAAAUUAAUGUUUCUCCAGACGCUAUUCUCAAUGCUGGAGUCCGCUCCAUCCGUGACCUAGUGUCUGGCUCCGAGUUAAACGCUGUGCUUGCCGCGUAUGCGAAAAGCAUUGACAAAGUCAUGUACCUUGGCAUUGCUGUCAGCGUGGCCGUCUUGGUAUUCUCUCCAGGACUUGGAUGGAAGGACAUCCGGAAGGUCAAGGAGCUUCAGAUCAUUACUGACAAGUCUACUGGCAGCGAUGAUAAAGACUCGGCAGUGAUUGGUUAA